ACCUCGUCGGACAACUACGAAGUCAACGAGAAUUGGGCCGGUGCUGUCCAGGAAACCAGCGGCAGCGCUACCUUCACCUAUGUGGCCGCCACCUUCACCCUCCCCAGCGUAACCCCCACCGCGGCAUCUUCCUCCUCGGAUGACCAGGCCGUCUCGUUCUGGGUCGGCAUUGACGGCGCCACCGGCCAGAAUCAGAUCUGGCAGGCCGGUGUCGACAUCUACGUCCAGAACGGCGAGACCACCUUCCUCGGCUGGUCGGAGUGGUACCCUGCUGACACUGUCGGUCUUGACAUGGAUUUCAGCAUCGGUGAUGUGAUUGUUGUCUCGGUCGAGUCGACCUCCAGCAGCGAGGGUACUGCCCUGAUUGAGAACUUGACUACCGGCAAGAACGUUACUUCCACUGCUUCGGCCCCGGAUAGCUCGUCGACUCUGGUCGGUCAGACUGCUGAAUGGAUCGUUGAGGACUUGGCUAUUGAUGGUGACGGUCUGACCUUCAUUAACUUCGGUGAGGCUACUUUUACCGGCUGUGUUGCUAAGGCUGGUGGAAAGACUAUUGGUCUUGAUGGCUCGUCUUUGAUGGCUGUGGAGGAUAGCACUAGUGACCAUGUCCAGGCUGUGCCUAGUGUUGUUAGUGACUCUGAGUUGAAGGUC